CCAUCCCAUUGGUUGGCAUUGAUGGAAAGAAUGCAAUUAUGGAAAGAAGAUCACUCGUUACAGAUAAAGGAGAUACGUCGAUAACACUUCAUUUUGACUCUAUCAGACGUACGGAGCUUCAUAACGUAAUAACGAGUACAGAGAGUAAAACAUGUAAGCAGAGAUUUGAUAAACGAAGACGAUAUGGGCCUUAUGGGUCGUUACCAUACGGUCAUUGUAAUUUAUAAUUAUUUGUUAUAUAAUUGUAUUUUUGAGCUUUUGAAUAAAAUAUCUAUGUAUUAUCAGAAGUUUAUCGAUUUUUCUAAUAUUUACCUGUAUUACAAUAUAAAAGUUUUUAAGUAAAAACAUCAGCCACCAAGCGUUAUUUGUAAAAAUGGAUACACGGUGGAAACACCCUUGGACCUCUAUGAUCUGCGGUCCCACAGGCUGUGGUAAAACCUUUUUUGUGAAAAGAUUUUUUCGAAAUAUGAAUUUUAUGAGUGAUACCAAGUUUGAUCGAGUAUUAUUUUACUAUUCAGAAUGGCAAUCAGGUUACACCGAAUAUGGUGAUAAUGUCGAAUUUCGUGAAAGUCUACCGCGAAAUGAUGACUACGCUGAUGAUCCACGGCCAAAGCUUAUUGUUAUUGAUGAUCUCAUGCGCGAAGCAUCCGAUAACAGUGUUAUAGAUUUAUUCACGAAAGGGAGUCAUCAUAAAAACCUUAGUGUCAUUUUUAUUACACAAAAUUUAUUUCACCAAGGACGUGGUAUGCGCGAUAUUUCAUUAAAUGCUAAUUAUAUAGUUGUGUAUAAAAACCCAAGAGAUCGGGCCCAAAUACAGCAUUUAGCGCGUCAAGUUUACCCUAAAAAUACACGGUUCUUAUGGGAGGUAUAUAACGAUGCAACUACACCAGCACACGGUUAUUUAUUACUUGAUUUAAAGCAAUCCACAUCGGAGAGUUGUCGUUUUUGCACCCAUAUAUUUCCUGAUGUUAAGUACCAACAUGUUUAUAUACCACGUAAAAAACUAAAAGAUAGGAGUACCGCACAGGAAAUAUCAAUAAUACGUAUCUAAUACUUUUACAAAAUUUAUCUGAUAUAUAGAUGUGUUUUUUAAUGUGCUUAAAUACGAUCAUGAAUUCAAAUUUUAUCAGUAGUCAAAAUGUUUUUCAUCUUGGUAGACAAUGACGAUGAGUUAACAGUUGAACAAUUACAAUUUAUACCAAAAAUUAUUUUACUACGGGAAUUCGGUAAUCACAUAGAUUAUCUGUGGGAUAAGCUUCCUGAGUAUAUAAAGAAAGAUCCAGAAGUGUGUAGUUAUCGCCGAUGUUUAAAACAUUAUAAUCAAGUGACUCAACAACUGCAUAUUGAUGGCCCAACGCCGCUAAUUAAAGAUUGUUGUAAAAGUAACAAUAAAAGAUCGGCUAUUUAGUAAAAUUUAUAAUGGCAUCGCCCGUGCAUAUCUUAUUUGGUCAAAAACACACCGCAAUACUACGGGCCUUAUGUCACCUCAGUAAUAAACAGCGUGUUGCUAUCUUGAAAAAGGCCGACCCAAAACUUAUUAGGUGUAUAUGUGAGUGUGCUUUAAACAUAUUACGCGGUAAUGUGGCUCUUAAACACUCAUAUAAGCGUCGUUUGAAGCGUCAUGCGAGCAUAUUGCGACAAUUAGUUGAUAAACACGCUUCUUGGAAGAAUAAGAAACGGCUAAUCGUACAGCGAGGUGGUUUCUUACCUUUAUUAUUAGCACCUAUAUUAGGCACCGUGUUAUCUCGCCUUAUAGGUGGAAACUAAAAAAUAAUGGAACACGCAAAAAAAAUGGUCUUGAUAUCCGAAGAAAAAAUUGCGCAAUUAACACGGACAUCGAACGAUAGAACAAUUCAAACUCCUGGUACGACGAUAAGCAGACUAGAUGAAGAAAUGCUUGAAAUUCUCAAUACAAGCAAAUUUGCGGACGAAAGAGAAAAAUGCAAGGCUUACUUGCAAACGUUACAACGUUACCUGUAUUUUGUAGAAGAAGCAAAACGCAAUAUACCUACUAAAUCUAUUAAGACUUUGAUUGACACUGUUUACAAAACAAAGCAAUCAAGAUAUUCGGAGGAUGAAGAGGUAAAAACACCGGAACAAAAAGAUUGUUUAGACGAUUUAUUUAUUCUGGAUAGCGUACCAUCAAAAUAUCGAUCAAAAGCUAGACUCUUAUUAAAUCAUGGAGUAAACCUGCGGCUAUUAUUGCUAAUACCGAUGACCAUACAAAACCCGGGACACACUGGGUCGCUAUGUACGUCGGAAGGGACGGCAUCGGACACUAUUUCGACAGCUAUGGGUUGCCACCCAUCAUCACCCAACAUCUCAAACGACUUAGAAGAAACUGCAAAAUCAUACUCUACAACCCUCAACAAUUUCAAAGCAACACUUCUGACGUGUGUGGACAAUUUUGUGUCAUGUAUGCGCAUCUUAUGCGUACUGGGUUUGGCAUAAGU